UAGUAUUGUUCCAAUCAACAUCGCCACUUCAAACCACCACCUGGGAAACACCCACAUAAUCCCAUCACAUGUGAUACCGCGGGAUUCUCAACCUGCCGGAUAACAAAUACCUCCGUCUUCCUCGGAUGUAUCCCUGGUGUACUCCUAUACAAACCACCUCAUCCCUUCCAUGCUACCUCGCUACCAUCCCAAUGUAACACACUCCAUCUCCCAGUCAAUUCAAUUUACGACUCAUCCACCAUGACCACCCUCUUCACCCUCCCCAUCCCCUCCACCAACGGCACCAUUACCUGCACCAACCCCUCCCCCACCAACAACCUCAUCUACUGCUUAACCUUCACCUCCCCGCCAGACAACCGCCUCACCCCAACCUUCAUCGACGCCUUCCUCCUCGCCCUUGACAUCCUCGAACACCGCUACCCCAAAGGCGUCCUCAUCACCACCAGCGGCAUCCCCAAAUUCUACAGCAAUGGACUCGAUCUCGAACUAGCCCAAUCCACCGAGGGAUUCGUCGAGAAAUGGCUCUGGAAGAUAUUCAGACGGUUGUUGACAUACCCCAUGCCCACCAUCUCCCUCCUAAACGGGCACGCCUUCGCAGGCGGCCUCAUGCUCGCCAUGUACCACGACUACCGGAUCCAGAACCCGCACAAGGGAUUCCUCUGCAUUAACGAGCUCGAGUUCGGUGUCCCGCUGCAAGCUCCCAUGAUGAGUAUUUUCCGGGAGAAGCUCACGCCGUCUGUCUUCCGGAGCGUGGUGCUCGAGGCGAGGAGGUUUCCGGGUCCGGAGGCCCUGAAGGUAGGGAUUGUGGAUGGGUUGGGAGGGAUGGAGGAGACGCUGGGGUUCGUGGAACAGAGGAAGUUGGUCAAGAUGCCGGAGACAGGGAUUUAUGGGAUGAUGAAGGAGGAGAUGUAUCGCCAUUCGUUGGGGAUUUUGGAUGGGCAUGAGGGGAAUGUGGAGUGGAGGGGGAGGGUGGAGGAGGGGAAGAAGAGGUUGGAGGAGGUGGCGAGGAGGGAGGUCGAGAGGUGGGAGAGGAGUAGGAAUAAGUUGUGAGUGGUUGCAGGGGUGUGUGUAUGUACUAUGUGUAGAUACUGUGUAGAUAGAUGGGUGUGGUGGUGGUGGUUUACAUUAGGAUUGUGGUAAGUGGGAUGAGUCUAUAGACUGCAGAUAUGCAUAUUGUAGCAUACGCUUUGAC